AUGGGGGAACGUUUCUUCCCGUACAUCUUAAACCUCUGCUCAAGCCGUGCAACUGCUGGUGUUAAGACCAUUACUGCAAUGCACUUCAGCCAGCCAGGUUAUGGGCUGGACAGCAUUCAUGAAUCUUCUGACCCAGUGGAAGCUGUAAGGAAGUCUGAAGCAAUAUUUAUUGGAGGUGGGAACACAUUCCGUCUCCUGAAAGCACUCUAUGACAACAGUCUGAUACAGGAGAUCAGGAAAAGAGUUCUUGAGGAUGGGAUUCCUUACCUGGGAUCCAGCGCAGGAACUAACGUUGCCACCAUCAGCAUCAAUACUACCAAUGACAUGCCAAUUGUUUACCCACCUUCCCUACAGGCCCUAGGUUUAGUUCCUUUUAAUAUUAAUCCCCACUACCUGGACCCAGAUGUUAAAAGCACUCACAUGGGUGAGACAAGAGAGGAAAGAAUUCGUCAAUAUCAUGAAGAACCAAACACCCCUCCAGUUCUGGGCUUGCGGGAAGGUGCAAUGCUGCUAGUGGAAGGAGACAAAGCCACCUUGCAAGGAGUGACAGGAGCACGUCUGUUUUUGAGGGGUAAGAAACCAACUGAACACGAGCCCGGAACAGAUUUCAGUUUCCUCUUGAUUGACAGUAAUCUCCAGAAUCUGUAGCCUUGCGUAUUCUGCAGCAAAAGUUACUAUAUGGGAGAUAAUGAGGAGGAAGAAACAAGAUGCUUCUAGUCCCAGGGUGGGUGGAGAACUUUAUAAAUGUAGAUAAAUAUGUAUU